GCCGGGGCCCGCGCCCAGAUCCAGACAUCUCUGUAUCCGGCAAUCCCUCCCGCCAAUCAUCGCAGCGUCUCGGGCGCACCCAACGGGCACGCGCCCGCGCGGCACACCUGUUCGACGAAUUUCCCCGCUAGGUCGCCAGGCGCCAGGCCGGCCCUUCCCCGCGCCAUGGCGUUGCCACGCGCCGCGAUUGUCCAUCCGCCAUUCUCGCCGUGUCCCGCGCUCCCGGCCUGCCGCCUUUCGACCUCGACGACAGGCUCCGGGCCUAGCUUUGCGUACUUCCGGACCCAGCAUCCCGGCGUCGGCGCGGCGCGGCGCGCGUACCCCAGGAUCGAGGCGGCGGCGAGGCGCGGCGCGCGCACGGAGAACCCCAGGGUCAGGAACCGACGGCUGCAGAAGAAGUUCAAUGGCACGGCGACGAAGCCCAGGCUGUCGGUGUUCUGCUCCAGCCGGCAGCUCUACGCCGUGCUCGCCGACGACCACAACAAGAAGAUCCUCUUCUACGGCAGCACCCUGCAGAAGUCCAUCUGCAGCGACCCGCCCUGCAGCACCGUGGAAGCUGCCCGGAGGGUUGGGGAGGAGCUCGUCAGGGCGUGCGAGGAGCUUGGCAUCUCCGAGAUCUCCUACGACCGCAACGGCUUCGCUCGAGGCGAGAAGAUGAUGGCGUUCGAGGUUCCCGUCUCACAGCACGGGUUCCUGCCAAGAUAAGGAGGCACCAGGCUUGCACUGACAGUUCACCGUAGCAGCUUAUUCAGGAGACGAGAAAGGAAGUUUGUCCCAUUCCAUGUGAUACUGUAAUUUGUAUGAUCCAGCAGUCCUUCAACAUCAUGUAGUUCAUAUUUCACAGCAGUCACUAAGCAAGUCAGGCAUUGCCAGCAAGAACAGUUUCUCUUCCGGCACUA